AGCGAUGGCUUUGUACCAACUGGAAUUUCCCAGCCUAUUCAUAGAAUAUUGAUGAUAUUUCAUCAGUGAUCAGGGAACAAUUAAAUUAAUCGCGAGAAGGAUUCCGUACUCUCAAGCUCUGGCAUUUAAUUGACAAGCAUUAUCGCGGUUGGACGAGAAGACUCUCUAUCUACAAGGUUAAUAGUUCAUCAUGGGUUUUGACAUUCUGGAUACAUCUUCUAAACUUUGAACGACUUUACAGCAGUGGUUGAUACAGGAUCUGAAUGCGACCUGGGUAGUGAUAGUCUUUUUAAAGACAUACUACCUUGGUCACUGGUUGGAACUGGGCUGAAGAUCAUAGUGGUCUGUUUUUGGUGAAGAUUCUUCAUAUGUCAUUUGAGACAAAAGAGUUAAUACUUAACUUUGUGUGUAAUUUUCUUUUUAUACUGAAAGGAUGCACAAGAAAAAAAAAACAUAUAUAUAGAUCUAUGUAUACAUGUAUAUUGGUCAUAUAUAUAUAUCAUUAGUCUAACGAGCAGUGAGAUUUUAUAGAAAAGGGAGUCAAUGACAACAAGUAGUCAAAUGUGACUAAUCUCCACUCAAACCAAUAUAAGAAGAAGAAGAAGUUCGAUCAGUUGCUCAACUCUAAGUAUUCAGGGACGGAUUUCUCAUCUGAGCAAGGAGAUAUUAGCGGUGAUAUCUCCAUGAUCUGAGUACCCUCACCGGUUUCGGAAGCGUAACGACCAAAACGAUAUCAAAACAUAACAUAGAAUUUUAACGACUAAAAAUAUGAUUGAUGUACUUAAUACACAAAAUGACCCGGAUCCACGAGACUUUCAUUUCCCUAUGUAACUUACUAGAUGUGAUUGGCCUAAUGAAUAACUGACGGAUACACUUCUUGCUUUCACAGCUUCUAGUACAGACCAACUCAAAUGAUCACGCUUAUUAAAAGCCGACAUAGGUAGAGAAAAGGAUUGUUGACUCUGGAAAUGAUCCGUCUACUGAAAUAUGUGCGUUCCAGUGAGGAAACGAGCGUCUGCUUAACCACUAUAAACAAUACAAACAUGAUUAUACUUAUUGUAAAGGAUAUUUAGCCAGCAUUUACCAAACAUAAAUCUACAGCUGGGGUAUUGUAAUAGGACAAUUUCUGCAAUGAUGUCGGAGGAACCAGCGCCGAAUAUGGUGACUCAGGGCCGUUUUGUGCUUUCACCAAUUGCGGCUGCAAGGAAAAAGAAAAAGAUAAAUCGAAAAAAUAACAUGACGAGUGGACAACCAGUAAUGGUGGAUUCGUUUCUUAGGAGAUUUACCACAAGAAGACACCUUGAUGUAAGUAACCACACAUCGAAAUGUGGCUCGACCGUCAUGUCUGUGGUCAUUGAAGAAGAUGAGAGUAACGGGGACGAUGACAGAAUGAAAACAAUCUUUGUUCCUGAUGGUGAUUUUCUUCUCUACUGGUUGACAGUGGUCAGCAUCGCUGUGGUGUAUAAUCUCUGGGUGUUGAUUGCCCGUGAGGCCUGGCCAGAGCUCCAGGAUAAGAGUCCCGUUGGAUGGUUCCUUGCGGACUACUUCUGUGACUUUAUCUAUAUUCUUGACAUCGUGGUUCAGGCACGUACUGCUUACUUGGAAGAAGGUCUUCUGGUCACUGACGUAAAGAUUCUACUAUGCCAUUACGUUAAGUCAAAGAAAUUCAUUGUUGACAUCAUCUCCCUCCUGCCAACAGAUCUGUUCUAUCUCAUCAAUACAGAAAAUCUGCACACAAUUAUCAGGUUUCCAAGAUUCCUUCGGGCCUACAGAUUCUACACAUGGUAUACCAAGGUUGAAACAAGAACACAUCUUCCGAAUACCUUUCGUGUCCUAUAUCUAACACACAUCUUACUACUUAGCUUGCAUUGGACAGCAGCGGCUUAUCAUCUUAUCUGCCAAGAGUCAGUUCAUCGACUUGCACCAGAUAUAACUUAUGGACCUGAUGGGGAUAACGCUACUUUAGCAUUGAAAUACCUUGUUUCUUUCUAUUGGUCAACCAUGACACUGACAACGAUUGGUGAACUACCUUCUCCUCACACUGAAGUCGAAUAUGUAAUUCAAAUUAUUGGAUACCUGAUUGGUAUUUUCAUCUUUGCAACGGUUGUUGGACAAGUCGGAAAUAUCAUAGGAAAUCGCAACUUGACCCGAAUGGAAUUUGAACGGGAAGUGGAUCAUGCUAAAGGUUACAUGAGAAGAAAUAAUGUUCCAAGAGAUGUUCAACUUCGGAUACUUAGGUGGUAUGAUUACACAUGGGAACGUGGGGCUACUCGUGGUCAAUGUGACGUUAAUUCACUCGGUCUUCUCCCAGAGACACACCGCACGGAACUCGCUCUUCAUGUCAAUCUACAAACAUUGAAAAAGGUUUCGAUUCUGAAGUUUUGUCCUCCUGAAUUCCUUCAUGAUCUUGUUCUUAAGAUGCAUUUAUGUAUCUUUACUCCUGAUGAUAUCGUCUAUAAGAAAGGUGCCGUUGCAAAGGAGAUGUUUAUUGUGUCCCAUGGAUUUUUCAAGAUUACUGAUGAUGCAGGUCAAGUGAUCUCUACGCUCAAAUCAGGUGACUAUUUUGGAGAGGACGGUAUUCUCAACCUGGAGGGAAACAGGAGAAUAGCUGAUGUAUAUUCUGUUGGAUUUUCCGAGCUUUUUUCUCUCUCUCGUGAGGACGUCUUGGGUGUAAUGAAAGAUUACCCGACUGUGAAGAGUAUGUUUGAGGAGGAAGCACUAAUCAAACUUAGCAAAUUACAACCGAAAGAUUCUGAUUGUACCGGUGUCAAUGGAACGGAUAACGAAAGAUACCGUACCAGAACCGAAAGUCAUGCUCAAAGAAGAGGUGCCAAUAUUUAUCCAGAAGCGGGGAAAGAUUCAGCUCAGAAUGAUUCACUCCAACCCGACGAGACCAGACGGAUACUCAAGACGGUCAAAUACAUCAAAGCAAAGAACCGGAAUUCGUCUGCUCGCUAUUCGACUCUAUCCGAUAUCGUGAUAGAUGAGAGGCAACCAGACGACCAAGGCGUUAUUUUGGAGAAAAUAGUUUCUUCAGCUGGUGAGGUCGCUCGGAAGAAAGAGACAGUGGUCGACACCCACGUCCAGAUGAUAUCAGUACUCCGACGAGAGAACGAAUCAAAGGCAUCAUACAUCCAAGCAUUGGAGAAACGAAAUCAAGAAUUAGAAGCUCUUUUAAAAGCGACCAGUUCCUUUCAAACUUCUGAUGCAUAGCGAUAGUUUUUAUUUAUUUUACUUAUUCAAUCUUUCUCUGUUGUGUCCUUUCGAACAUUUCUCAACCCCCACGCCUAUUAUCAACAAACCAUGCACGAACACAUCCUCUCUCGUUGAUUAAAUGGAUAUUAUCAUCUCAUGUUAUUACACUUAUUUCAAAGAUAGUGACACUUCGUAUCAUGAAAUAGAACUCGAGUUUCCAUGCAAAAAAAGAAGAAAAAAAAUCCACAAAUCUAUAUGUGUUUGCAUAAUGGCCAGGUUCACUGAGGUGUCAUGGCCAACGAAAAACAACACCCAGGACAAGUUUGCAGACACAGCAGAUAAUAUUUUUUUAACAUUAAGUGAAAGGAUUGUAUGUUGCUUUAAUACCACUUGGUGACGUCAGCAUCUCAUCAAUUAAAUAUUCCACCUGGAUAGAGUAGUCUGUAGGCACAGACCAAUUGGUUUUCGCAAUUCACAUAGUGCACAAUGUAGAGUCUGAAUUAGUGAGACUAGAUUCACUAUUUAUUGUGACUGGCUGUAACAGACAGAGUCUUUGAGUCUAGUCUUUACUCUAGAACUGUUAUCGUUAACGUGUCGAAUAUGAGUCUGUGUUCGCAGACUAUUGAUAGAGCGCAGAUACUAUUAGUGUAAAAAAGAGGUGCCAUGACAUUUGCUCCGGCGACAAUUGCUCCGAAGGAAAAUCUGCAGGUUAAGCCAAGCAUAAACCUAAUCUCAAAAACUAAAUAAACCAUAAUCCAUAUCUUUGCAUUAUUCUGAACCAAAAACUAUAAUACAAUCCUAACUCUAAUCCUAUGCCUUCUGAGAUAUUAAGACCGGAGAAAAUGUCACAGGAGCAAAUGCCGAGUCACCGAAAAAGGUCAUACAUUUUCUGUGCUUUAAACCCUCAUCAUAGCUUUGCUUCUAAUUCCAGCUAUGAGUGCGUUCAAACUUUAAAUGACUACCGCCCUCUGCAAACCAGAUAAA